GUGCCGAUGACGCAAGUGGUGGCCGUGGCCGGCGAGCCUGUCUACCUGCCGUGCGACAUCGCGACACAGGAUGAAGAUGACGCCGUCUUAUUAGUGCUUUGGUACCGAGAGGAUCUUGGUACUCCUAUAUAUAGUGUCGACGCAAGAGAAAGAGACUUCGGUGUCGCUGAGCGCUGGUCGGAUGAAAGUGUGUUCGCGUCCAGAGCAUACUUUCUACCCGAGAGAAGACCAGCAGAGCUCGGAGUAGACCGAGUGAAGGCUUCAGAUCAAGGAGUUUACCGAUGUAGAGUGGACUUCAAACAAGCCCAGACUCGAAAUUCAAGAGUCAAUUUGACUGUUAUAGUACCACCAAAUAAGAUGGUGAUCACGGAUGACAAGGGUGACGUGAAACAAGCCAUUGUCGGCCCGUACAUUGAAGGUGAUACGUUCACGUUGAAGUGUGACGUCAGUGGAGGUCGUCCCCGACCCUGGAUCAAAUGGUUCCGGGACGAGGUAGAGACGGAUACCCCAGCGACCCCUCUCUCCGGUAAUGGGGUCCGAGGGGUCCUCCACGUGGGACCACUCACACGAGUUGACGUGCGAGCUGCUUUUACUUGCAGAGCCUCUAAUCAUCCUCGAGCACACCCUAUAGAAACCACGCUUACUUUGGAUAUGAACUUUCCACCCCUAACAGUCCAUAUCCUCGGGUCCAAUCAGCCUUUAUCAGCCAGUAGAAGAUACGACCUGCUGUGUCAGAGCUCAGGGUCCAGACCACCAGCAUCCAUCACCUGGUGGAAGAAUGGACACAGGAUAAACAAUGCUAAGGAAACGCUUUCAACAGACGGCAACACAACCACGUCAACGGUAUCGCUGCAGCUGACUAAGUCUGAUGCAGGAGCCAAGCUCGCAUGCAGAGCAUCCAACCCUCAGAUGCCGUUGGUACCAGCGCUAGAAGAUGACUGGACGCUGGAUAUACAAUAUGUCCCAGAAACAGUAGUCAGGCUGGGAACGAACCUGGACCCUUCAAACAUCAGAGAAGGCACCGACGUCUACUUCGACUGCAUCAUCAGAGCGCAUCCAUACGUUUAUAAAGUCGAAUGGAGACAUAAUGGUAAAACUCUUCUCCACAACGUGGGCCAAGGCGUCAUCAUCAGCAACCAGUCGCUGGUACUCCAAGGUGUUGGCAGAAAGACAGCUGGCAACUACACCUGUGUGGGGUUCAAUGCAGAAGGCGAUGGGGAAAGCAAACCUUUCACAUUAAAUGUUUUAUAUGCACCUACUUGCCGGAGUUCGCAACAGAGGGUACAUGGAGUAGCGAAACAGGAACGAGCUCACAUUACCUGCCACGUUGACGCUAACCCACCUGAAGUAGUGUUCCGAUGGACCUUCAACAAUACAGCGAACAGCAACGAAGUCAGUGACACGUAUGUCUCCAGAGCUGGUACCAGUUCCACCGUCACCUACACUCCUCACACUGAGAUGGACUAUGGGACUCUUCUCUGCUGGGCACACAAUAGGAUUGGCAAGCAAAGAGUUCCUUGUGUCUAUCACAUUAUUGCUGCGGGUCGUCCUGAUCAAGUUCACAACUGCACAGUAGUGAACGCAUCGUUGACAUCGUUCGGGGUUCGGUGUUCGGAGGGUUUCAACGGUGGCAUGCCACAGUCUUUUCUUCUAGAAGUGCGAGAGAUUGUGACACAGGAGAUUGUAGCCAACGUAUCAAGUGCGGUGCCUCGCUUCACAGCAGUCGGUCUCUCACCAGGUCGAACUUAUGCUGCAGCUGUUCUAGCAUACAAUGCCAAGGGCAGAGGAGAUCCUUAUCCUUUGAGGGCCAGCACCUUGAGGCCACCAGAGAAACACCACGUCCAUGAUAAGAGUUUAGAUCUCCCAAGAACCGCCUUCCAAAUGUCGGGAGCGAUGUCAGUGGCCGUCGGUGGAGGUAUCAUCCUGACAGUAGUCCUGAUACUCUUCAUGAUAGCUAUGAGACAACGCUGUGCUAAACGGAAGCCAAGGUCUGCUCCUCCACCCUCGUCACAACCAGCCAGUCCAGACAAACUGAGGGAGAAGGAGGACAGUGAAAGUGAUGAUAGGAAUCCAGAUAUAAUACCGUCGGAUACUGAUCAGAUGCAGAUGGACUACUACCGUCAGCAACAAGUGUCAACCAUCUCACCGCCGCCGGGGGUGCGGGGCGGGGCACGCGGCAGUGUGGCGGGCGUGCGCGGUGGCCUGCCUGCGUACGCGGCGUUACGCACUGCACCACCGCCUGCGCAUCCCAUGCAUGACCCACAGAUGGAAGAUGGAUAUUCUUAUGGUGUUCUGUUCGUUCAGAACGCGUCGUCAGGCAUUCCGCCACCCGCGCGGUUUGCGUCGGGCUCCUGCACGUUGCCACGGGGUUCAUCAUUGGGCCCAUCGGGAGGUAUUCCUCUACAGCACCUACGGACUCUCCCCCGGCCGACGGGGCCCGCGGGACCGCCAGGCCCGGCGCCAGGCCCCGUGGCACCCGCGGCCGCGCCCCGCCUGCCCCCCCGCGAUACUCCGCUCUGA